UUGAUACAAACUACAAAUUAAUGCUCAUAAGACAGAGAAACACCGUUCAUUCUCACUGUCUCUGAUAGCAGCUUCAAGGUUUGUUGCAGUGUGUCAAAAUGGGCAAAGGGGGAAUGUCACUUGAUGAUCAUGGUGGUGAAGAACAGGAGAACAUGGCUGCUUGGCUUGUUGCUAUUAACACUCUCAAGAUUCAGCCUUUUAAGCUUCCUACACUAGGACCCCAUGAUGUCAGAGUGAGAAUGAAGGCUGUUGGAAUCUGUGGAAGUGAUGUUCACUACCUCAAGAAACUGAGAUGUGCAGACUUCAUAGUUAAAGAACCAAUGGUUAUUGGUCAUGAGUGUGCUGGGAUAAUAGAAGCAGUUGGUGCUGAGGUGAAGAGUUUGGUGCCUGGUGACCGCGUGGCAAUUGAGCCUGGGAUCAGUUGUUGGCGUUGUGACCAUUGCAAGCUGGGUAGCUAUAAUUUAUGUCCUGAUAUGAAGUUUUUUGCUACUCCACCAGUUCAUGGUUCCCUGGCUAAUCAGAUAGUGCAUCCAGCAGAUCUAUGUUUCAAACUACCAGACAAUGUGAGCUUGGAGGAGGGAGCAAUGUGUGAACCCUUAAGCGUUGGUGUUCAUGCUUGUAGGCGAGCUAAUAUUGGACCAGAAACAAAUGUGUUGAUCAUGGGAGCAGGACCCAUUGGACUUGUUACAAUGCUUGCAGCUCGGGCUUUUGGGGCGCCUAGGAUAGUCAUUGUGGACGUGGAUGACCAUCGUUUAUCCGUUGCAAAAACUCUCGGUGCAGAUGAUAUUUUCAAAGCUUCAACCAACAUUCAGGAUGUUGCUGAAGAAGUCAAGCAGAUACAUAAGGUUAUGGGAACUGGUAUAGAUGUUACCUUUGAUUGUGCUGGUUUUGACAAAACCAUGUCUACAGCACUGACUGCUACUAAGCCAGGUGGCAGAGUUUGCCUUGUGGGAAUGGGUCAUUCUGAAAUGACUGUCCCACUCACCCCAGCUGCUGCAAGGGAAGUUGAUGUGAUUGGCAUUUUCCGCUAUAAGAACACAUGGCCUCUUUGCCUUGAGUUUCUGAGGAGUGGCAAAAUCGAUGUGAAACCCCUUAUAACUCAUAGGUUUGGGUUCUCUCAGAAGGAAGUGGAAGAAGCCUUUGAAACUAGUGCUCGUGGUGGUAAUGCCAUUAAGGUCAUGUUCAAUAUUUAGAUGCUGGACUUCGACUUGUUGAGGGUGGGAAAAGUAUAUGUAUACCUGCAUGCUCAUGCUCAUGCUCAUGCCCAUACACUUGUUAAUAUACCCUUGUAUUUUUAUAAGUUGGGUUGUGAGUGAAGUGGUUUCAGUAAGAACUAAUAAAAAAUAAAAAGUUGUCGACAGGAACUGCAGAGUCUAUAAGAUCUAUUGCUCAUUUUGGUGAAA